ACUGAAACUUGCCAAUUCAAAACUCAUACGAAAUGGGAAUUUUGGUUACGAAAUUCAUCUUAUCAUACUCACUUUUCAUUGCAAUUUUGAGCUUUUCUUUAGGGUUGGGGUUGCUGCAGGGAGGGAAUGAGACUGAUAGGUUGGCACUGCUAGCCUUCAAAGCUCAGAUAAACCAGGAUCCUCAUCAAGUCAUGAGCUCCUGGAAUGAAUCCACUCACUUCUGCCAAUGGCACGGUGUCACCUGUGGUCGGCGACAUAGUCAGAGGGUCACUACGCUGGACCUGCGAUCCCAAAAUUUGGGGGGUUCCAUAUCUCCACACAUAGGUAAUUUAACCUUCCUUAGAAAGCUAUUUCUCCAAAACAAUAGCUUUGUUCAUGAAAUCCCUCCAGAGAUCGGGCGUUUGCGUAGAUUACAGUUUUUACGUCUUUUGGAUAACUCGCUCAGUGGCUCUAUUCCAGCCAACAUUUCCAAUUGCUUCAACCUCAUAUCUCUCUAUUUGGGUGGCAACAAUCUGGUGGGUAAAAUUCCUCCACAACUUGGCUCCUUAUCGCAACUUUACGCAUUUGCUUUAGACCGAAAUAAUUUAAUAGGAGAGAUCCCUUCUUCCCUGGGAAACCUUACAGCUCUCGAUAGAAUUUCUUUUCUCUAUAAUAACUUGGUAGGAAACAUCCCUACUUCUCUAGGCCAAUUGAAGCAAUUGACAUUUUUCUCAGCUGCUGCAAAUAGGUUUUCUGGUCUCUUUCCUCCUUCCAUCUAUAACAUCUCUGGUCUCCAAAUUUUUGAUGUAACGCAAAACCAACUUCAAGGAAGCAUUCCCUCAAACUUUGACAAAACUCUUCCGAAUCUCUUACACUUUAGCAUCGGCGCCAACCAGUUCACUGGAUCCAUUCCUCUCUCGAUAUCCAAUGCUACAAGUCUAGUGGGUUUCGAAGUUGCAGAUAACAGACUGACCGGAGGGGUGCCAAAUCUUCAAAAGCUUCACAACCUCCAAAAAUUCAGCAUUUUCAUCAACCAACUUGGAAGCAAUGAACCGGGUGACUUGAGGUUUGUGUCAGACUUAACUAAUGCCACAGAACUGAUAUGGUGCAUUUUCAGUGAUAACAAUUUUGGAGGGACGUUGCCCGCUUCAAUAUCCAAUCUAUCAAAACUCGAAAUACUUCAGGUCGGUGGAAACAAACUACAUGGAAGCAUCCCAGCUGGGAUUGGGAAUCUGGUUAACUUGCAAACAUUAAUUUGGGGGAUAAACUCCUUCACAGGUAGCAUCCCCAUUCAAAUUGGGAAGCUUACAAAGCUUGGGGUAUUGUAUGGUCAAGACAAUGAACUAACAGGGAGCAUUCCUUUGUCUUUAGGAAAUUUAACCAAGUUAACUGAACUCACAUUGCAACGAAAUAAACUUCGGGGAGGCAUCCCUUUGAGCUUAGGGGAGUGCCACGGGCUUCUAGAAUUAGAUCUUUCUCAAAAUAACCUUGAUGGUGCAAUACCUCUACAACUCCUAAAUGGCCUCACAUCCUUAUCAAGAUCUUUGAACUUGUCCAGAAACCAAUUAACUGGUUCUCUUCCGAUGGAUGUUGGAAAGUUUAGCAGUUUAGGUAAACUAGACUUGUCUGAUAACAGGUUAUCAGGAAACCUUCCAAGUAGCCUUGGUAGUUGUGUGAGUUUAGAAGUCCUGCACUUGCAAGGCAACUUCUUCAAUGGGACCAUUCCAUCAUCUAUGAGUUCACUAGGAGGGAUUCAAGAUUUGGACCUUUCUCGCAAUAAUUUGUCAGGUGAAAUUCCACAGUUUUUAGAGGGCCUUCGCGGCUUGAAGAAUUUGAAUCUAUCUUUCAAUGAGUUUCGGGGAGCAGUACCAGUUGACGGAGUUUUCAAAAAUGCAACUGCAACUUCGGUUGUUGGAAACAGUAGGCUUUGCGGCGGUAUUGAGGAUCUCCGGCUUUCCAAAUGCAGCUCUAAAGGGACCAAGGGAAGAGGUUUGUCUCGUCGAUUCAAAUUAACUAUCUGUAUAGUAUGUGGGUUUCUCGGAAUAGCUAUGGUCCUGUCAUUAUUAUUUCUUCGUUCGCUAAGAAAGAAAAGAAAAUCAACUGCACAGAGUACUUUGGCUAAUUCUGUUUUGCAAGUGUCAUACAAUACUCUCUUAAAGGCUACCAAUGGGUUCUCUUCAACUAAUUUGAUUGGUGUGGGAAGCUUUGGGUCUGUGUACAAAGGAGUUCUUGACAAUGAUAGAGCUCAACUUGUUGCUGUGAAGGUUUUUAACCUGUUACGUCGAGGAGCUUCAAAGAGUUUCUUAGCCGAAUGUGAGGCAAUGAGAAACAUCAGGCAUCGAAAUCUUAUCAAAAUUAUAACUGCAUGUUCAAGUGUUGACUUUCACGGAAAUGAUUUCAAGGCUCUAGUUUAUGAAUUCAUGGGCAAUGGGAGCUUGGAGGAGUGGAUUCAUCCAACCGAUGGACCAGAAGAGGUAACUGAUGCAUCCAAGAAAUUGAGUCUUCUUCAGAGGCUAGACAUCGCCAUUGAUGUUUCUCAUGCAAUAGACUAUCUUCAUAAUCAUUGUGAACCACCAAUAGUUCAUUGUGAUCUCAAGCCGAGCAAUGUUCUUUUGGACAACGAGUUGCUUGGGCAUGUUUCUGACUUUGGACUUGCAAGAUUCCUCUCAAAACUAGCCAACAACGUCUCUACAAAUGAUCAAACAAGUUCCAUGGGAUUGAGAGGAUCAAUGGGUUAUGUUGCUCCAGAGUAUGGUAUGGGAAGUGAGGUUUCAACAAAUGGGGAUGUCUACAGCUUUGGCAUUCUCUUGUUAGAGAUGUUUACAGGGAAGAGACCCACUGACCGCAUGUUUAGUGACGGCUUGAACCUUCAUAAUUUUGUGAAGGCGAAUUUUGGUGGACGAGUUACAGAAGUUGCAGAUUCGAUACUUGUUCAAGAAGGUAUCACUACCAAUACCACCCCCAACCAAUUCAGCGCAAGAUCUGAAAAUGUGGAGGAGUGCUUAAGUUUGAUCCUUGGAAUUGGAGUCUCUUGUUCUGCUGAAUCCCCAAGAGACCGAAAAGAGAUAAGUGAUGUUGUAAACGAGUUGCAAUCUAUCAGGGCUAUCCUUCUUGGGUAGAAAUUUCUUCUUAACUUUUGUGUUUACUUCAAAGCCCUUCUUUUCUUUUUAACCUUCUUUUUUAAUUAUGUACCUCCCUUGAAGUGUUAUCGCUGCUAUAAAUAAAAGGUGAUGAAUGGCAAGUAAACAUUCACCAGUGAGUUUGCAUAUAA